AUGAGUGCCCUACUGACCUCUGAAGCAGCAAAAGAUGGAGUGGAGUUCUGGGAUCGUUGGCAGGUCGAAGCCGAACCCUGCGUUUUCCCUACACUUGUCGACACAACCCGAGCAGCGGCAGGUACUGCACGACUGUCUCUCCCCAUUGAACCAGGGCUCUUACCACGACUGCACAAUGUCAGUGAUCAACACAUCUCGAGUUCUGAGCUCGUGCUCGCUGUUGCCUGGGCAUUGGUUCUGAAAAUCUACACCGGAAACGCAGCGGUGUCAUUUGGUUUGACACACGAGGACAGCCAAAACGGUGCCGCGACACUUUGUUCAGCUUCGCUAGACAGUGCCGACACAAUCCCGGCAAUCUCAGAGGCCGUUAAGCAAAACCUGGAGCAGACAAGGCCAUUUCGAGCCGCAAAGCUUACUGAUAUUCCUGCGUUGAAAGCUACGGAUGGCCGACCCCUUUGCACAACUGCAAUCAGCCUCGGAACUAUGCCUAUCACCGAGCUUGAAUCACCUUUCGAUCUUCUAAUGGACAUUCAGCUGUCCAAAGCAAGUCUCACAGCAAGCCUAAUCUACUCAACGUCCUGUAUCGAGCAGUCACAGGCACGGGAUAUUGCCGCCUCUUUCCAGCAAGCCCUCAGUCAAAUUAUCACGAAACCGACUCAUAAAUUGUCCGACCUGGAUUUGGUGCAUCCAGAAUCUUUGGCAAAGUUGUUCUCGUGGAAUAGCGAAAUGCCGAGUCCUGUCGACACAUGCGUUGGACAGUUAUUCGAACAGCAGGCCAAAACUCGACCAGGCAACAUGGCCGUCCAUUCGUCCGAUGAAAGCUUCACAUACGAAGACCUUGAUCGUUUGACUCAUGCCUUGGCGCAUGAAUUGCAAUCCAAAGGCGUGGGCCCCGAAGUGGUUGUACUUCUGUGCUUUCCUAAGUCAGCUUGGGCGGUGGUAGCGAUGAUCGCUGUUAUCAGAGCGGGCGGAACCAUACUCUUCUUCGAUGCUUCUCAUCCCAUGGCACGCCUGCAAGAGAUCCAAAGCCAGGUCAAAUCGAAAAUAAUGCUGACCGCUCCAGAAUACUCCGAAAUGUGGGAGUGGACGGAGGCUGAAGUUGUGAUCGUGGACAAGACCACAACUGAGAGCCUACCCAGACCGAAUCAACCGCUCCGGAGUUCUGUUACCCCUUCCAAUAUGCUGUAUAUUAUUUUUACCUCUGGGUCUACGGGUAAACCCAAAGGUUGUGUCAUUGAACAUCGACAAUUCCUCACGGGAGCUUUGGCUCAGCAGAGAGAGUCAGGAAUGCUGCACACCGAUAGAAUUCUCCAACUAGCUUCUUUCACUUUCGACGUCAGCAUCCUUGAAGUCAUCACAUCCCUCAUCACUGGGGCUUGCGUCUGCAUCCCUGGAGAUGCAUCGCGCGCCAAAGGGCCCGCAAGCUGCAUCCAGGAGUUCGGCGUCACUUGGGCUUUUCUCACACCAUCUCUCGUCAAGCUGAUGACGCCGGAGAUGGUCCCCAACUUGCGAUUCUUGGUUUUGGGAGGAGAGCCACUGGGACGGAUAGACGUCGAGACGUGGUCUCCGCACUUACAACUGGCGAAUGGCUAUGGACCGACCGAAUGCUCAAUCGCCGCAACUGGAAACCCGAGACUACACCUGCAGACUGAUCCAGCAAACAUCGGAUAUCCGCUCGGCGCGUUGUGUUGGAUCGUUGAUCCGGAGGACCACCGGCGGCUCAUUCCGCCUGGCGCUCCAGGAGAGCUCCUCGUCCAUGGGCCGAUUGUGGCUCGAGGCUAUUUUGAAGACCCAGCCAAGACAGAGGCCGUCUUCAUCGACGACCUCCCUUGGCUUCCAAAGCAGGGCUUUGGUGCAUCAAGGCGAAUGUACAAGACUGGGGAUUUGGCACGAUAUAACCACGACGGAACUAUCAACUUUAUCUCACGAAAAGACACACAGGUCAAGUUGCGUGGACUACGAAUAGAGCUCGGAGAGAUUGAACAUCACAUUGCUGUGCAUCACCUCGUUCGGCAAGCCGUGGUCACACUCCCUCGCCAAGGUCCUUGUAAGAAUCAACUCACAGUUGUGAUGUCCCUCAAAUCGACACAUGAUGACGAGUCCGGGCAAUUGGAGCUUGUCAACGCAGCUGAUUCUUCGAUCACCAACUCAAUAGCGUCCAUCAACCAAGACGCUUCUCAGCAUUUGCCCGCAUAUAUGGUCCCAACUGUCUGGAUUCCGGUCAAAUCAAUACCUCUCACCGUUUCCGGCAAACUCAACCGGGUUUCGGUAACGAAAUGGGCCGUGGAUAUGGAUGAAACCACGUAUAAUACCAUCACUGGGGCAGAAGAAUCUCCACAGCCAUCAAAUCCAACAGAGGAGCAGAUUCUGCAGCUUUGCAGCGAUGUUCUGGAACUCCCAAUCGGCCGUGUCUACCUCAAUAGGUCCUUUGUCAACAAUGGUGGUGACUCCAUUCUAGGCAUGAAACUCCUAGCCAGAUUGAGGCAGGCUGGAAUACACGUAUCAGUCAAAGAUAUGAUCGAGAGCAAGACUUUGGUCGAGCUUGCCAGUCGGACAAGUGCUGAGGCGAAUCCAGUCGUGCAAUCAUUUCCUGUUGUCUACGACAUGGCGAAAUUUCGUGUGCAUCUUUUGCCGCAUCUGAAUCUGCCGGAAGAUGAGAUUGAAGAUGCUUAUCCUCUUGGUCCCAUACAACGUGGCAUCAUGUUGAGUCAAGGCCGAGACGUGGCCAACUACGAGCUGCGCAUUGUUUGCGAGAUCGUAGGUGCUUUGGGUGGUGUUGACAUCGGCCGUCUCAAGCAGGCCUGGGAAUCUGUGCUCCAGCGGCAUUCUUCUUUGCGAACGGUCUUUGUCCGAAGCAUUUCCGAAGUUUCGUCCCAUGACCAAGUCGUGCUGAAGUCUGCCAUACCUCUUAUUUCAGUUGUGAGGUGCCAGGAUCUGGCCGAAGUGUCCAAACUCGCACGCAGCCACCACAUUGUUGCUGCCUCCAAUCAGCCACGAGUUAAUCUUGUCAUCUACCAGACGCCUGAUAAGACCUACUGCAUGACAGCGGUUGACCAUGCUCUUAUUGACGGACUGUCCGUUCUCCUCAUGUUCCGGGAUCUCAGUGCAGCAUACUCUGGACGCCUGGACCCACGAGAGGAAAUGAAAUUUUCCGAAUACAUCGGCUAUUUGCAACAAUUGGACAAGACGGACAGUCUACAAUACUGGAAAGACUAUCUUCAAGAUGUGGUUCCAUGCCAGUUCCCAAUACUCAACGACGACAAGCCUGAGCCACACGAACUUCAUGAAGUCAGUGCUCAGUUUCACGCCGGCACUGAACUUCAGGAGUUUUGCCGGAAGCACAACUUCACGGCGUCCAGUGUCAUUCAAACAGCGUGGGCCAUUGUUUUAAAGUGCUACACGGGCUUGGACGAUGUCUCCUUUGGCUAUCUAUCCGCCGGUCGGGAUGCCCCUGUCAUUGAUAUCGAAGAUGCCGUAGGGGCGUACAUCAAUAUGCUGAUUUGCCGAUUGAAGCUGCCAACGUCUAGCAAAGUCAUCCAGCUUGUGGAGUCUGUCCAGGACUCCUUCCUCAAAGGCAUGCCACAUCAACACUGCUCUCUCGCCGAAAUUCAACACGAGGUUCAGAUACGAGAACCGUUAUUUAGCACCAUCAUGUCUUUACAGAGUGCCGUGGGCGAGGUUAUCCAAGCAGCCGAGGGCGAAGGGAACAUUGCAUUUCGAAUCGUGGACGAGGUGGACUGUACCGAAUACGACAUUUCUGUCAACGUUGCCAUCUCUCGUGAAUCGAUAAAUAUCAAUCUUCGACAUUACACUUCAACGAUCAGUGACGCCAUGGCGAAGAAUGUCUUCCACACAUUCCAGCAUGUGAUCACCACUAUUCUCCAACAACCCAACAGCGUGUUUGGCGAGAUGCCAGUGUUGAGUCAACACGACCAAGAGCAGUUACAAUCAUGGAAUGUGCACGACUGGGAAGAUAUUCCCGACUGUAUUCACGAACAAGUUGCCCACCAAGUCUCUCAAAAUCCUGAAGCCAUAGCCAUCGAUGCGUGGGAUGGAAAGCUCACUUACCGAGAACUAGACAACUUCAGUUCAGCCCUUGCAGCACACCUGAGCGUACUUGGAGUCGGUCCCGAAGUCCUUGUUCCCCUGAGUUUCAAGAAAUCAGUGUGGACACCUGUAGCACAACUUGGAGUCCUCAAGGCCGGUGGCGCAUGUGUGGCAUUCGACCCGGCCCACCCGCAGAGACGCAGAGAAGAGCUGAUUCGACAAUGUGGUGCGCGAUUAGCGGUCACUGCUCCCGCACACAGAAGCCUUUUUGAAGGAUUGGUCGACAAUGUUGUGGUAGUCGAACAGUCACUCCUGGACACGCCAAGCCGUGCAAACCAGAUCGAGGCAAACUCCAGGACGGCAUCACCAAACAAUGCUGCAUUUGUCGUUUUUACUUCGGGAAGCACGGGGAAACCCAAAGGCAUCGUCCUCGAGCACCAUGCCCUGGUCACCAGUGCACACGCUCACGGGCCAGCCAUGAAAUACGGUCCAGGAUCCAGAGUGCUCCAGUUUGCGUCAUACACUUUCGACGUCAGUAUUGGCGAAACAUUCACUUGCUUGAUGCUGGGAGGCACUCUCUGCAUACCGAAUGAAGAAGAACGUAUGGACGAUCUUGCUGGGGUGAUUAAUCGAAUGGAUGUCCGCGUCGCUUACCUCACCCCAUCGGUAGCAAGUAUCCUUCAUCCUGACGAUGUGCCCGGCCUCAAAGUGCUUGCACUUGGUGGGGAAGCUGUGAGAGCUGAGAAUAUUGCAUUAUGGGCUGAUAGGCUCUACCUCGUCAACAUCUACGGUCCGGCUGAGUGCUCGGUUUGGUCAACUGGCCUUCAGCCAGUUCCAAAGGGAACAUCUCCUGCGAACAUUGGGUUCGGUCUUGGUGCUUGGAUGUGGAUCACCGAGAUAGGCAACCCUGACAAGCUCUGCUCCAUCGGUUGCAUAGGAGAGUUGCUUAUCGAAGGACCUAUCGUCGCCCGUGGUUACCUGAAAGACCAGGAGAAGACAAAUGCAGCAUUCAUCUCCGACCCGGCUUGGAUGCCAUCCCUUGCAGGGGGUGGAAGCCACAGGCUCUAUCGGACUGGUGAUCUGGCGCGGUACAAUUCAGAUGGCUCGGUCAAUUUCAUCGGCCGACGCGACUUCCAAAUCAAGCUCCAUGGCCAGCGUAUCGAGAUGGGUGAGAUUGAACACAAUAUCCUGAGUUAUAACGAUAUAGCCAAUGCGGUUGUGUUAUAUUCCGGAGAAGGUCCCGUGAAGGAGAAACUUGUUGCCGUUGUAUCCCUCAAAGAGCUGCCUACCGCAUCAGAUACCGACGAUAUCAGAUUCGUGGAUCUCUCCCGCAGUCACACCGCAGUCGAUCAAGUAUCUGGAGCCCGUACUCACCUGUCUGAAAGAGUUCCAGGAUACAUGAUGCCCUCGAUCUGGCUGGUCGUUGAGGCCAUUCCGCUCUCUGUGAAUGGAAAGACAGACCGGUCACGGGUUUCGCGUUGGAUCGGAAGCCUGGAGUCAAUCCCGGGGCAGGAAAUCAUGUCAUCGGCACCCUCAAAAGAGAUAAGCCUUCCAACUACUCAGGCCGAGGACAGCAUUUGUGCCGUGAUAAGCGUUGUGUUGGGUGUCCCUGGUGAUGCGAUAUCCAUGGAACAAAGCUUCGUGGGUCUUGGGGGCGAUUCAAUUACAGCAAUGCAAGUCUCGGCCCGCUCCAGAGAAAAUGGCAUGGCCAUUACCGUCAAAGAUAUCUUGCUAAGCAAAACAAUCCGCCAAAUCGCCUCAAAUGCCAAAGUUGUCAGCCGGAGUGAUGCACUGACUGACCGCUCGGGCGACACAGGCGCAUUCACGAUGCUCUCGGAAACGGACGUGGCAUUGCUAGACCGAGAAGCCCAGCAGAUUGGUCUGGCCGGCCUCGAUGAUAUAUUGGAUGGCUAUCCCUGCUCGCCCAUGCAGCAAGGUAUUUUGAUCAGUCAAGCCCAGUCCUCCAACAACUACAAGUUCUACGUCAUAUGCGAAGCGCGCCCAUCCUCAUCCAACGCGGUCAUUACACCGCAACGCCUUGCUACUGCCUGGGAACGGGUUGUGAAUCGGCACCCCAUUUUGCGAACUGUCUUCGUUGAGAGCGGGUCCGGAGGCGGUGUGUUUCAUCAGUUUGUCCUCAAAAAUGCUUCCCCUAGGAUUGACUUUGUCGAUUCAUUCGAGGCUCUGACCAAGUAUCCCUACACCAAUCCUGUCGACUACGAAGAAAAGACGCCGCCGCAUCGGCUGACGGUGUGUGAGAUGCCCGGGAAAGUCGUGUUCAAUCUGGAGAUCAGCCACACUUUGAUUGAUGGCGCUUCAAUGGCUGUCAUUAUGAAAGAUCUGGCUGCAGGCUAUGAGCAGCCUUUGCCGGCUGGCCCGCCCUAUCGUGACUAUAUCUCUAUCCUUCAAGAACAGUCCAAGGAACAGUCUCUGAGCCACUGGAAAACCUACUUGUCAGGGGCAGAGCCCUCGGCAUUUCCCGCUCUCAAUGAUGAGCUCGUCGGCACGAAGACCCUUGAAGCCGUGAAGGUGGCCAUCUCUGAGUCUACCACAAAAGCACUUCUCGAGUACUCGCGGAAUCACGGUGUCACCUUAGCCAACGUUUUCCAGCUGGUGUGGGCCCUGGUGAUUCGCGCUUUCAGUAGCUCGAAUGAUGUAUUAUUCGGGUUCCUCGCCUCCGGUCGAGAUGUGGCUGUGCCCAACGUCGAGGACGGGGUUGGACCAUAUAUCAAUAUGCUCGUUUGCAGAGUCGACACUGGGAACCACGUGGUGAUUGCCGAGGCACUGAAGAAGUUUCAGCAUGACUACCUCGAUAGUUUGCCUCAUCAGCACACCUCUCUUGGUGAGAUCCAACAUGCUUUGGGGUUCAACUCGACCGGGAUGUUCAAUACUAUACUUUCACUUCAACGGCCUAUGGCAGAAGGCAUCAAAUCCGACAGUGAAAUCAGCAUCGACUAUCUCCAAGGAAACGAUCCGACUGAGUACGAUCUGAGCGUCAAUAUAACCUCCAGCGACAGGGCGAUCGAAGCUUCCAUAAGCUAUUGGAGUACGUUCUUAUCCGGCGAGCAGGCUGACCGGGUGGCUGCCACCUUCUCCGAGGUCCUCGGCCAGAUACUCGACCAGAAGAGGACGUCGAUAUCGGAGGUGGAUCUGCUAAGCCCGCAGGAUCGAGAGCUGCAUCUCCUCUGGAACAAUAAUGCAGUCGCUCCAGCCAAGGUCGAAGAAAUGAUCCACGAGGACGUGGCUAAACAUGCCUCAGACCGUCCGGAUGCACCUGCGAUCGCGGCAUGGGAUGGUAACAUGACAUUCAGAGAGCUUGACGAGAUCUCUACAAUCUUGGCUCACCAUCUGCGCCAUCUCGGCGUUGGUCCGGAGGUGAAAGUACCUCUUUGCUUCGACAAAUCGAGAUUUGCCAUCAUAUCCAUGCUGGCAAUACUCAAGGCUGGUGGUGCCUACGCCUCCAUGGAUCCUGCACACCCGAUACAACAUUUGUCCAACAUUGUGCGGGAAACCGACGCGAAAUUUGCACUUGCUGGGUCUGCCAUAUAUGCCGACAAAUUGAAAGGCAUUGUUGAUAACGUCGUGCUCGUCGAUGCUGCCCUGUUCAAAGAGUUACGCCCGACGACCUCGAGACUAACCGCCACGUCAACUUGUGACAAUGCGGCUUUCAUUUGUUUCACGUCCGGGUCCACAGGAAAGCCGAAAGCAAUCUGCCUGACACAUUCUUCCUUUACGUCGAUGGUCACAUACAACAAGGAUAUGGGUAUCGGUCCGCAGUCCCGUGUGUUCCAAUUUGCAGCAUACACGUUCGAUACCAGCAACUCCGAGAUAUUUACAACCCUCACUUCAGGAGGCUGUGUGUGUAUUCCUUCCGAAUCCGAAAGGCUCGAUGACCCUGCCGGAGCAAUGAAUCGCCUUGGAGUCAACUGGACCUUCUUGACGCCUUCGAUGGCCAGUUUGCUGACACCCGGCGACGUCCCCUGCCUACGUACUCUUGCCCUCGGAGGGGAACAGGUGCGCGACGAUAUCGUGAAUGUGUGGAAAGACGAUGUGCGUGUCAUUAAUUCUUUUGGACCGGCCGAGUGCACGAUCUGGACAUCCAUGGCGGACCUUGGUCACGGCAACUCGCCAGCAACAAUCAGCAGGGGUAACGGCGGCAAUGGCUCCCUUCUAUGGGUGGCGGACCUUUCGGACACGCAGAGACUCGCACCAAUUGGAACUGUCGGUGAGCUACUGAUCGAGGGUCCUAUCCUUGCCAGAGGCUACCUAGAUUCGGAGAAGACAAUGCAAGCCUUCAUAACUGCCCCGAGUUGGCGGGGGUCGGGAUAUGAAUCUAUCCGCAUGUACAAGUCUGGUGAUCUGGUCAGGUAUCACCAUGACGGUACCGUCAUUUACGUGGGCAGGAAAGACGGACAAGUCAAGCUUAACGGCCAACGUAUCGAGAUGGGCGAGGUCGAGGCCCAUAUUGCAGGGAACGAUCUAGUACGUUACGCAGUCGUUCUGGUGCCGAAGAAGGGCAUCUGCAAAAGAAAGUUGAUUGCGGUGGUUGCGCCUUCGAAAUUCACCAAGGUGACAAUGGCAUCUCAGGAGCCACGGACGAUUGCAGACAGAACCACGCGUGAAAGAGCAUCAGCUCAGCUUUCAGAGGUGAAAGAUCAGCUGCGAGGUCAAUUACCAGGUUACAUGGUCCCCUCAGUCUGGCUCAUAGUCGAAGCUUUCCCUCUUACCGCUUCGAAGAAGGUCGACAGAGUCAGGGUGUCUCGAUGGGUUGAGGAGCUCACAUACGAGACAUACACCAAUGCCCUUGACAUCGAAGAGGAACAGUUUGACGUGACAGAUGCGGCCGGGCCAGAGGCACAAAUCCAGAAGAUCAUAUCGAGUGUCCUCAAUAUUCCCGUCUCACAGGUUAAUCUCAGCAAGUCCUUUAUCAACCUCGGUGGUGAUUCAAUCUUGGCCAUGCAGCUUGUGGUGCAAUGUCGCAAAGAAGGCCUCAAAGUCUCCGUGAAGAAUGUCAUCCGCAGCAAGACAAUCUCAGCACUGGCAUUGAGUGCUGAAUCAUCAGUUCCGGAAAACCUCUCACGCGAUGAAACGUUUGGUGUUCCCUUCGAGCUCUCUCCGAUCCAGACCAUGUACUUCUCCGAAAUCACGCAUGGCUCGACGAAGGCGGAGUUGAACCAGUUCAAUCAGAGCUUCUUGUUGAACGUGACGCGGCAGCUCAAUGACGACAAGUUCUCCAAAGCUAUCGAUCAGAUCGUCCAGAACCAUUCCAUGCUUCGAGCACGCUUCCAAAAAGAUAGUAACGGACAUUGGUCACAAGUGGUUCCUCCCCACAGUGCUGAUUCGUACCGCGUCCGCGUGCGCAGUGCAAGCAACCGUGAAGAGGCCUUGUUAUUGGCAGAGCAGUCACAAGGUGGGCUUGAUAUCGAAAAUGGACCAGUCUUUGCUGCCGAAUUGUUCAAUAUCUCGCCAAAGUCCCAACUUCUCUUUCUUGUUGCACACCAUCUUGUUGUCGAUCUGGUGUCCUGGAGAGUCAUCAUACGUCAGUUGGAAGAGUGCCUCACCACAGGGAUAUCCCCAUCGACCCAGAAACCGUUCCCGUUCAACUCCUGGCUGAAGAAGCAAGCCGAAUAUGCCCGUGCCAACUUGGAGCCUGAAGCGGCAUUGCCAUAUGCUGUUCCAGCCGCAGACUACGACUUCUGGUCCAUGUCCGGCUCCUCCAAUCUUCGCGGCGAAACAGAGGAGAUCAGCUUCGACAUCGGCCCGGGCGAUACCGAGCUUCUGCUGCGAGGCUGCCACCAAGCCAUGAGAACGGAUGCACUUGAUGUCUUCCUCGCGGCAGCAUUCCAGUCUUUCAGUAGUGUCUUUGGACGGCCCUCGCCUGCGAUCUUCUGCGAAGGUCAUGGCCGUGAGUCGUGGCAUUCCCAAAUAGAUAUCACCGAGACGGUCGGCUGGUUUACGACCAUGUUCCCCUUGUUUGUCACGUCCGAUAAGAGCCCGGCCAUAAUCAAUACUGUUCGACAAGUGAAGGAUCAAAGACAGCAGCUUCCGCGUAACGGGUGGUCCUACUUCAACUCUCGAUUCUCCAACAAGCGCGGUAAAGUGGCCUUUGCCGGACAUACUCCUAUUGAGAUUUUGUUCAACUAUCUCGGCGUCUAUCAAAGUCGGGAUCAGUCCACCGGGCUACUACAACCAGAGCCAUUCAACAAAGGUGAUGUUGGGCCUCAUGUCAGGCGGUUUGCAUUGAUUGAGAUCAAUGUCUACGUACUGGACGGCCAAGCACAUUUCUCCAUCAUCUUCAAUCGCAAUGUGAAGCAUCAAGACAAGAUCAAAGCAUGGGCGGACUCCUACCAGCCGACUGUCAUCGAGAUGGCCAAUGCUCUCAAGAAUUCCGAGCGGAGGUUGACCUUAGGCGACGUUCCCCUUCUAGCCACGAACUAUCAAUCUCUCAGGAAGUUCGAACUGGAGCAGCUGCCCCAGAUGCAGAUUGAUGUUGAUGGCAUUGAAGACGUCUACGCCUGCUCUCCCAUGCAAAUGGGCAUCCUCUUGAGCCAGAACAGACUACAAGGGGCAUAUCAGAUCCAAACCAUUGUUGAAGUGUUGUCGGACAGCAAGUCCCAGAUCGAUGUUGGUAAACUGGGCGCGGCAUGGCGGCUAGUCGUUGAGCGUCAUCAAGCCCUCCGAACAGUGUUCAUUCAGAGGAUCAGCGACCAACCUUACGAUCAACUUGUGCUCAAGAUGCACGCACCCGAUAUUUCCAUCGUCGACGCACCAACGGAAGAAGCCGUUGUCUAUUUGAACUCUUUGCAGAAUCUUGACUAUGCCGCAUUUGCGCCGCCACAUCGGCUCACUGUAUUGACAGGUGGCAAUGGAAGAGUGUUUGCGAAACUCGAAAUAAGUCAUGCUCUCGUGGAUGGAACAUCGAUGAGUAUUUUGAUAUCUGAAUGGGUUCGAGCGUAUCAGGGUCAACUUGCAAACACUCCGGGACCGUUGUACAGUGACUACAUUGCGUACAUCAGUUCACAGCGACGAGACGAAGCAUUGAAAUACUGGUCCAGCAACCUGAGCGAUGUCAGACCGUGCCAUUUCCCGGUAUUGACGGACAACGAGGCAACACCUGCAAGAUACCUCCACAACAUGCCUGUGCGGAGUCCAAAUGCAGCACGCAUCCGUGACUUUUGCCAACAGAACAACAUUACACUGGCCAGCAUCUUCCGUCUGGCUUGGGGUAUUGUCCUACGGACGUAUACUGGCGACGAUCAAGUUUGCUUCGGCUAUCUGACAUCAGGUCGUGAAGUCCCAGUGGCCGGAAUUGAGGACGCCGUUGGCGCGUUCAUCAACAUGCUCGUUUGCUCUCUCGACUUCAAUCGCAUCGGCAAGAGGAAGAUUGCGGAUAUACUUGAGGACUUGCAAGACGAAUAUUCGAAAUCUUUGCCUUUCCAACACACUAGUCUUGCCGAGAUCCAACAUGAGCUCGGACUUGCCGGGGAAACCCUCUUCAACACCGUCCUGAGUUUCCAACGCCGAACUCACGGAGACUUCAAGGAAGGGGACGUCUCACUUCGCUACUUGGACGGCGUUGAUCCAACCGAGUAUGAUAUUUCAAUCAGCGUCGCCGAUAGCGAAGAAGGUGUUCAUGUUCACAUGAGCUACUUUACUAGCAGGCUUUCCGAUGGCCAGGCUUCGAAUGUUGCAAAUGCCCUUUUCACGACGUUGACUUCAAUCCUUGAGACUCCCCAGUCGAAGGUCACGCCCCUUGACCUCUUCGGCGACCAUGACGCCGAACAGAUUCUUACAUGGAACCGACACAACCCUGCUCCUGUUGACCGAUGUGUGCACCAGAUCUUCCAGGAUAAUGUCUGCAGGAGUCCUGAUGCAUUAGCUGUCGAGUCCUGGGAUGGAACGUUCACUUACGGCGAGCUUGACCGGAAGUCCACCCAGCUCGCUCAUGAGUUGCUUGCGACAGGAGUUGAGGUGAACGAAUUGGUCCCGAUCCUUUUCGAAAAGAGCGCCUGGGCAAUUGUUGCCAUGCUUGCGAUCAUGAAAGCAGGCGCCGGCUAUGUACCCUUGGAUCCAGCUCACCCAGACGAUCGACUUCAAGCCAUUGUUGCACAAACAGGUAGCCAGCUCGCUCUGGCAUCUGAAGUCUCAACUGGCCGCGCAACACGGCUUGUGGACCAAGUUUUGACUGUCGGUGCUGCCUCCCAAACAUGGUCUAGCAAAGCCACGGACGCACCAAACACCUCGGUCACCGUGACCGAUGUCGCGUAUACUCUGUUUACGUCGGGAUCGACUGGUCUGCCCAAGGGCGUUGUCCUGCCACAUCUUGCCGUAAGCAGUAGUAUCGUACAUCAUGGAGCAGAAAUUGGCUGCAGUCCGGCCACCCGAAUGUAUCAAUUCGCGGCUUACACCUUCGACGCCUGUAUCCUGGAAAUAUUCACCACCCUUGCUUAUGGAGGCUGCAUUUGUGUUCCAUCCGAUGCCGAGCGUAUGAGCGAUAUCGCAGGAUUCAUCAACAGAUUACGAGUGAACACAUCCUUCAUGACUCCAUCCCUCAUUCGAAUCCUGACACCGGAGCAAAUACCGACAAUGAAGACGCUUAUUCUGGGUGGUGAAGCGUUAGGCAAGGACAAUAUUGAGACUUGGGCCAACAACCUCCGUUUGAUGAACGGCUAUGGCCCGACCGAAACUUGCGUCUUCGCCGUCAUGAAGACUUUCAAAAGCCCCAAAGAUCGCAACGAUAUACUCGGCAAAGCUGUCGGCGCACAAGCAUGGAUCGUGCAGCUCGACAACCCGAGCCGACUCGCCCCAGUCGGAGCAGUCGGCCUCCUAUUUCUGUCUGGCGCGACCGUGGCCCGGGGUUAUCUCAAUGAUCAGGCCAAGACAGAUAGUGUGUUCAUUGAAAGUCCACCUUUCCUGCCUAUGGUCGAUGGUGUGAAGGAGCGCGCCUACAAUACUGGUGACUUGGCCCGCUACAAUGCUGACGGAACAAUCACCUACCUUGGACGACGUGACACACAAGUCAAGCUCCGAGGGCAACGGAUUGAACUCGCCGAAAUCGAACACCACAUCAAGGCCAGCUUCGCGGAUGCCUCUCAAGUUGCGGUCGAAGUGGUCGAACCACAGGGUCAGAAGGAGCGAGCAACCCUUGCUGCCUUUGUAAGCCUUCCAAACCAUCCGCAGAAUAGUGCCACGUUCUUCCACCCGUCAGAGGCCCUGAAGAACAAGAUCGCCGAACUGCGGAAGAGUUUGACCAGCCUGCUACCGCCAUACGAAAUCCCCUCCCUAUAUAUUCCAAUCAGCACGAUGCCCACCACAACGGCAGGCAAGCUCGAUCGAAAGGCACUCCGUGAUAUUGUUUCCCGCCUUUCUGACGACGAUUUGAACAUCUUCUCCUUGUCCGACGCUCUCAAGCGGCCCCUUACAACCGAGAGUGAGCUGGAACUUGCCAGCCUCUGGCAAGAAGUCCUCAAGAUUCCCAUCUCCCAGAUCGGAUCCGACGACAAUUUCUUCCGCCUGGGUGGUGACUCGAUCAUGGCCAUGAGGCUUGCGGCCAAGUCUACCGCUAGAAUGUCACUUUCUGUCUCAGACAUAUUCCAGAAUCCCGUGCUGUCAGACAUGGCGGCAACUGCAGGGACAAAUGUUACUCCAUUCAGCCUGGAGCACCUAUCACCAUUUGCUCUUCUGCAGCCGGUCACAUCUGUGAAAGACGUUGUGGCAGAAUUAGCAUCCAUGUGCCAAGUCAUGAAGGACCAAGUUGAAGACUGCUAUCCAUGCACGCCUCUGCAAGAAGGCCUGAUGGUGUUGUCAAUUGUCAACCCUGGAGCCUACGUGGCGCAAAAAGUGUUCAAACUACAUGCUUCGAUGGACAUGGCCAAAUUCAAGACAGCCUGGGAGCUGACAAUAGCAAAUCACGCCAUUCUCCGGACCGCCAUUGUCCAGACCGCUUCCGGUCACGCUCAACAGGUUCUUCUCAGGGGCGCCUUCACAUGGCGAUCGGCCGACUCUCUGGAAGAAUAUUUGCAAAGAGAUCAGGAUGAAGAAAUGGCAUAUGGCCGUCCACUCUCCCGCUACGCCAUCACCAAUGACGGAUACUUUAUUUGGACCGCUCACCACGCUAUGUACGACGGAUGGUCAGUGCCGUUGAUUCUGGAGCAAGUCCGUUCGUAUUAUGCCGAGUCCACGGCACCGACUACACCAGGUUUCAAUAGAUUUAUCCGGUACUUGUCGGACACAAGUCCGGAUACGGCGCACGAAUUCUGGAAACAAUAUCUCUCGGGAGAAAAGCCUCCGACAUUUCCAGAACAGCCUUCUGCAUCACACCGCAUUAAGGUAGAUCAGGAAGCCCACCACUCGAUGGCGAUCAGGCGCAAAGCUGGUUCAGAGGUAUCUAUGGCAGCUCUUCUGCGGGCAGCGUGGGCUUAUUGCAUUUCUCAAUAUGCCGAUUCGAAAGAUGUCGUUUUUGGUGUGACACUUUCAGGACGGAACUGUCCUGUGCCGGAUAUCGCACAGAUCAUUGGCCCUACCAUUACGACCGUACCCGUCAGGGUGACUCUGGACGACGGGGUGCCGGUUUUGAGCUUCCUCAAGAACGUUCAGGACCAAGCUACUGAGAUGAUACCCUACGAACACUUCGGCUUGCAAAAUAUAGCCAGGGUCAGCACGGAGGCAGCCAACGCCAUCCAGUUCCAAAACAUAUUUGUCGUCCAGCCGAGGUCUCAAUUUGACGUCCACCACAAUGAGCUUCUCGGGGCAGAGGAAGUGGCAACCCCGCUAAAGAACUUCGACACUUAUCCACUGAUCAUGGAGUGCAGUCUGGACGACAAGGAAGUUCAUCUGGAGGCACGGUUUGACAAGUCCAUUCUGUCGAAUGACCGUGUGGAGGGCAUCCUGUGCCAUUUUGAGCAUGUCGUGCGUCAACUCAAUGAUGCUUCUGAGACCAUGAAACUUAGAGACAUCACCAUGUUUAGUGAAGGCGACAUGACACAGAUUCUAACUUGGAACAAGGAAUAUCCGGAGACACUCAAGACCACCGUGCCAGAGGUGUUCGCGGAGCAAGUGAAAGCGAGGCCAGAAGCCCUGGCUAUCGAUGCAUGGGACGGACAGCUUACCUACGCCGAGCUUGAUAGACUGUCCACGACAUUCGCUCUUCAAUUGAUUGACAACGGGGUGGGACCCGAGGUUCUCGUACCUUUGUGCUUCGAGAAAUCCAGAUGGGCUGUCGUUUCACAAAUGGCUGUGAUGAAAGCAGGUGGCGGCUGUGUCAACCUGGAUCCCGCACAUCCCCUCAGCCGACUGGAGCUUAUCAUUCAAGAUGCAAGAGCAACGAUCAUGCUUGUUGCACCUCAAUUCCGGGAGAAAUUCAGUGACAUUGAAGGGUUGAAGAUUGUGUCGAUCGACGAAGGCUUCUACAAGAUACUAGAAAACAGCCCUGCCAAAGCCGAGCAGCUUCCUGGCAUCAAGCCGAGAGACACUGCUUACGUUCUGUUCACCUCAGGCUCGACUGGCCGACCCAAGGGAAUUGUGAUCGAGCAUGGCAGCCUUUGCUCGAGCUCGAAAGCCCAUGGCACUGAAUGGGACAUUGGCCCUGAUACGCGUCUACUCCAAUUUGCAGCUUAUACCUUCGAUGUGAGUUGCGCGGAUAUCUUCACCACUCUACAAAGAGGCGGGUGUAUCUGUGUCCCUUCGGAGCACGAUCGGAUCAACGACCUGGCAGGGGCCAUCAAUCGAUUCCAAUGCAACUGGGCAUUCUUGACCCCCACGGUUGCCAGUCUACUCCCAGCUCAGGCGAUACCCAGCUUGCGCAAGUUGGUUCUGGGAGGCGAGGCAAGUACUAGAGAUACCAUAGCCAAGUGGCACAGUGUGCUCGACCUUAUUGUUUGCUAUGGCCCUGCUGAAUGCUCUGUGUACUGCUCCGGGGCUCCUCCAGCAACAGCGACAAGCGACCCAGCUGAUCUCGGGAAGGCAAUAGGAGCCCUGUACUGGAUUGCCGAUCCGCUCGACUACAACCGUUUGGUGCCAAUCGGCUGCGUCGGGGAGCUUCUCCUGGAAGGUCCCAUUCUGGCUCGUGGAUAUCUAGGAGACAAGGAGAAGACGGCCCAUGCUUUCGUAUCAAACCCUGUAUGGGCUAGGGCCGAGGACGGCGCAGCUCCGCGACGAUUCUACCGCACAGGCGACCUCGUCCGUUACAAUGGCGAUGGCACGAUACAUUUCGUCGGCCGCAAGGACACGCAAGUGAAGAUCCGUGGACAACGAGUAGAGCUGGGCGAGAUUGAACACGCCAUCCGUGUCAAUCUGCCUGGUCUCGCCCACGUCACGGUUGAUGCGGUGCGACAAGAGAAUCAGGGCGGACGACAAGCGGUUGUGGCAUUCCUCCACAGGACGACUGUGAGUGGCCCGGCAAAGGUAGCGGACAUGGAUGACACCCAGAGAGAAGAACUCAUCAGACUUCAACGGUCUCUGAGUGAAUCACUACCGUCGUACAUGGUGCCAACACUUUUCAUUCCUAUGGCACAGGUGCCACUGACAAUGAACGGCAAGGCUGAUCGAAGAGCCUUGAGAGACCUCGCAGCAUCUUUGAGUCGAGAACAGAGCCUCAAAUAUGGUCUCGAAGAUGCUACAAAGGAGGAGCCAACCACCGCGACGGAAUUCAUGCUUCGAGAUCUGUGGGCUCAGAUUCUUUCGGUCGGUCCAGCCACCAUUGGUAGAGGCGACCACUUCUUCAGGCUUGGUGGUGAUUCAAUCGUGGCAAUGAAGCUGGUCGGAGCUGCCGCCGAGAAAGGCCUGCCACUCUCGGUGAAGGAUGUCUUCCGCAGCCCGGUUCUGUCGGCGUUGGCAGCAGAGCUCGACGGCCGUACCCACUUUAUGGCCAACGGAGCAGCUACCUAUGAACCGUUCUCUCUCCUAAGCCAGACGCAUCCCAGAAAGCUUGUCGAAGAAAUGGCAGUGCAACUCAAAACGCCCAAAGCGAACAUAGUUGACGUCCUACCUGCGACCGACUUUCAGAAAACCGCUGUGGCCCAUGCCAUGAUGAAAACACGUGGCUUCCGCAACUAUCUGUGGCUAGACGGAGUCUCUGACCGACCACUUGACGUCGAGGUGGCCAAAGAGGCUCUGACAAAGUUCGUCGAAGCACAUGAGAUCCUACGGACUGUAUUCGCCCUUCAUGAAAACAACAUUGUCCAGGUCGUGCUCCAACAACUGGCGGUGACGUUUGACGUUGAGGAAACAAACAAAGACAUUGCAGACUUUACGGAGAGACUUUGCAAAGCCGAUGCGGCUCUCCCUACGAAGUUGACCGAUCCCCUUCUCAAAUUCUUCGUCGUCACCCAGGUGGGAAGCAAUCACCACCGGAUCAUAAUGCGCAUUUCCCACGCACAAUACGACGGUGUCUGCUUACCACGAAUCUGGCAGAGUCUCCGUGAAGCAUUUGAGAGUACGAUGUCCCACACACCGUUACAGCCCUAUUCGGCCUACCUGCGAGGCCUCUGUUCCAUGGACAAGGAUGAAGCUCAUGGCUAUUGGGAAACCCUACUCAAGGGUGCAAAUAUGACGAAUGUAGUGUCGCAUUCGAAGCCGUCCUACUCCAACGUCUACAACACCGUCACCAAGCGCGCCAUUUCGACACCUUCACUCUCUUCGCACGGCAUCACCUUUGCCACAAUCCUAAAGGCCAGCUGGAGUAUUGUUCUGUCUUCGCUAUCAAGGUCGUCCGAUAUCGUCUUUGGACAUGUCGUGUCGGGCCGCAAUCUAGACGUCCCAGACAUCGAAAAGGUGGUCGGCUGCUGCAUCAGCAUAGUCCCAGUCCGAGCGACUCUGGACAAGAGCAUGACGAAUCUGCAGCUUCUCGAAGCCCUGCAGGAUCAACACGCCGCCAGUCUUCCGUAUGAAGCUGUGGGCAGCCGCACCAUUGUUCGAGAAUGUACAGCCUGGCCCAAGUACACUAGGAUGAGCAGCAUCGUGCAACAUCAAAACAUUGAAGAAGAGAGCACCGUCGACGUCAACGGUACUCGGUACAAGGUUGACUUUUUCUGUCCGGAAGCCGACGAGGCCGAUUUAGCUAUCAAGACUACGCCCUUGAAGGACGGCACUACCGAAGUGCUUCUGAUCUGCUCCGACAGAGCCAUCAAGCAAGACCUACGGAAUUUCCUGAUUGACUCUCUAUGCGACACAAUCGAGAGUAUGUGCGAAGAUCCCACCGGAACUGUCAACGACACGACGGUGCACGCGAGCAGCGCCAGCAUCAGCAUACCUAUCGCCAUUCAUUCGACGCACUUGGGGACAAAUGGCGUCACAUCACAUGCAAACGGUAAUGGCUUGAUCGGCUCUGUGGCAUCGCGCAUCCACGGUUGGGAACCCAUCGGAUCCAACAAGAGCAUUCGAGAUGAGCUGGUAAAGGCGUGGCGUGCAGUUCUGGGCUUGCCAAAAGACAAGGUCGCCAAGUUAGGAGACGAUGACGACUUUUUUGGAUUGGGAGGCGAUCUUGUCGCGGCGGCCGUGUUGGCUGCCAGGUUGGACAUGGAUGGAGUGGGGAUGAUCACGGUCGAGGAGAUUAUUGAUGCGAGUACACUGGCUGAGAUGGUCAAUGUGCUGGAAAGGAGAUCUUGA